AAAGAACAUUUUUUUAUUUUUAAAAGGGUAACAUUGAAAGAAAUAAUAAAAAAAAGAGUGUUAGUCAAUAUGGCGGCCCAAGAUGAAGUUGACGUAUGUGAAAGUUGGGAGGAUAUGGACGAAAUUGGCUUAGACCAAAAGAUUAAGCUGAUGUCAAGUGAAUGCGCCCCUGUGACGACUCUGAAAGGUUGCAAGGUUACCGUUGAAGAAAACGCGUGUAUAGGUUCUCAGUGCGUGAUGCCAGAGCCAGCGAUUCGUAUCCUCAAACGGCCUUCGUCAUCGGCAAGCGGUCAACUCAAUGGCGAGAGUCGCGCGCGGCCUGUGAAGACCCUGGAACAAAGACAGAAGGAGUACGAGGAGGCUCGACUCCGGAUAUUGGGCGAAGCUAGAAGUCCCGAAGAUGUUAUAGACGACAAUCUUAACCGGUUGCAAGACAAACUACAAGCCAACAAUCUCAAUGACAAUCAAAACAUUGGCAAAAAUAAAAACUGUAAUGGUGAUAAUGGUAAAGGUAAGGAACGGAAAGUUCUCUCACGGUUACCACCUGGAGCCAGUCCAGCUGGAAUAUUUCCUUCCCCACCACCCCGAGGAGUGCUUGUUAUACGAACACCAAGAGGACCAGAUGGCACAAAAGGCUUCACACGUAGGUAGCAUUGUUGAAAUUCAUUGUUCUAAAAUGUAAGUUCCAUCAGUUUGUCCAUGUUACUUCCCAUCAAUAUAUCGGAUAUUAGGUGUUAGUUAUGACUUCAAUGUAUGUAAUAUGUCUAUUUCACAAUUUAUAAUUUAUUCAUACAUGUUUCUGUCAAGACUCAAGAUCAAUAUGCUUGGUGUUGUUAUAACCUGUAGACACCUUAAUCAGUCCUUUUUGUAACAUUUAUGGGUUUAUAUAAAAUAUAACUGUCCUAUUUAUGAAAUUGACAAGUGCAAUAAUAUAUAAUGUAUUCAAUGGUACCUAUAUAUUUAAUAGAUACUAUUGAGUAAGUAUUGAUAUAAAAAUAUAAAUAUAAAACCAAAAUUUAACAGUAAAAUGUAAUAAUGAGGUCAAUUUUGAAUUAUUAUUACCUAAACUUUUGUUUAAAGCUAAUAUUUAAAAAUUAUAGUUAUUAAAAAUACUAUAUAAGUAGUGCCUUUUCCAACCUUGACAUUGUGAAAGGCAAAAUAGUUGCAAAGAUAAUUAUUAUGUUAUAGGCCGCCAUGAACUAAAUAUGAUUCAAGUAUUGCAAAUUUAUUUCACACUAGUCUACAAUUGUUUGUUGAUUUCAUUGUAACAUUAGAUAAGGAAUUUAAGAGAGAAUGGAGCUUCAGAAUCAAGGUUUCUUAUUAAUUAAUUUGUAAAAAUAGAUGACAUCUGUUUUUACAAAAAUCUGAUAUGAAUCUGAAAUAAAUAUUGUAACAAUCAAUUUAAAAUCGACGUGUUACUGUUUAAUAUAACAGGCAUUUAAUAUAAUUGCUAAAAAUACAGGUCAUUUACAUUUACAAUAUAAUAUGCAUGUAAUGCAUUUCAAAUGUGUGGUCAACUUAUACUGGCAUUUUAUAUAUCUGCACUGUUCUAAGUGGAGCAGAUCAAUCAUU